AUGUCUGAGAAGGAAAUGGCCAUCGAUGAGGAUAUUGAUGUUGAAGAUGAAUUAAACGAGUUCGACGACAACGAAGAUGCUCCGCUGGAUAAUCUUGGAAUAUUCGGAGAUCAGGGACAACAACAUGGCCAAGCGAAUGCAGUUACAGAUUCAACGGAAAGCAAAUUAUUUGAUAUUCCUGAAUUCACUCGUAAAGAUAAGACAAUAAGUGAAAUACUCGAUUUAAUGGUUGAUAAUCCUCCCAUCAUUCCAGACGCUGUAAUCGAUUAUUAUUUGACAAAAGAUGGUUUUGAAUGCACUGAUGUGAGAGUAAAGAGACUACUGGCAUUAGCUACACAAAAGUUUGUGAGUGAUAUUGCCUCAGAUGCAUAUGAAUACUCUAGGAUUAGGUCCUCAAUCGCAGUGCAUAACUCAAACAACGGCCAAGCCAGGGCAAGACAGUUAAUGCUGGGACAGCAACAACCUGGUACGCAGCAAAUAUCACAGCAGCAACAUCAACAAAAUGAAAAGACUAAUGCUAACAAAGUUACGCUAACUGUGAAUGAUUUAAGCAGUGCAGUUGCGGAAUACGGCCUUAACAUAUCAAGACCUGACUUCUACCGUUAG